AUGAAUUUCUUGGGCUGCCUUCUCUUCCUCCUCCUCAUUGCCUCAUUCUCCACCUUCUCCAAUGCCCUGACGGACUCGGAGGUCGCCUACAUCGCCCACCGUCAGCUCCUCACGUUCGAAGAGAGCGGGAAGGAUCAGAGCAACAACAAUGUGGACCCCAACCUCAAGUUCGAGAACUCGAGGAUCAAGAACGCCUACACCGCCCUCCAGGCGUGGAAGAAGGGCAUCUACUCCGACCCUUUCAACGUCACGGCCACCUGGGUGGGGCCCGAUGUCUGCAAGUACACGGGCAUAUAUUGUGCCCCGACGUUGGAUGACCCCAAACUGAACGUCGUAGCGGGGAUCGAUCUCAACCACCAGGAUAUCGCGGGGUACCUGCCCCAGGAGCUCGGCCUGCUCACUGACCUCGCGCUGUUCCACCUGAACUCCAACAGGUUCUGUGGCAUCAUCCCGAUGUCGUUCUGCAACAUGUCCAUCAUGUUCGAGUUUGACGUAAGCAACAACCGCCUCGUGGGGCCCUUCCCGCGGGCCCUGCUGUGCUGGAAGGAGAUCAAGUUCGUCGACAUCCGGUUCAACAACUUCGAGGGAUGUGUCCCGCCAGAGAUCUUCGGCAGGCCGCUCGACGCCCUGUUCUUGAACAACAACCGCUUCUCCUGCUCGAUCCCGCCGUCCCUCGGGAACUCCACCGUCAGCGUCGUCACCAUGGCCUACAACAACUUCAGCGGCUGCAUCCCUCACACCAUCGGGAUGAUGCCCAACAUCGAGGAGAUCAUGCUGGCCGGGAACAGCCUCGGCGGCUGCUUCCCCUCGGAGAUCGGCAACUUGAGGAACGUGACGGUGCUUGACGUAAGCGGCAGCGGGUUCGUGGGGUCCAUCCCACCCAGCUUUGCCGGGCUGAAGAGCGUCGAGAUGCUGGACAUUUCGUGCAACAGGAUGACGGGUUCGGUCCCCGAGGAGAUCUGCAAGCUGCCGGCGCUGAAGAACUUCACAUUCGCUUCGAAUUUCUUCAACGGAGCCGCCCCGGCUUGUAAAUCGAGCAAGGACGUCGUGAUCGACGACGGCAACAAUUGCUUGGCGGGGCGGCCGCUACAGAAGCCGCCUAAGGAUUGCGAUCCCAAGGUGGUGAAGCCGGUGGAUUGUAGCAAGGACGUUUGCAGCGCCGGUGGAGGACGAGCACCGCCCAAGACUGAAGAUUCGCAUAUGCCGGCAAGCGGCGGAAUGAGCCACCCUCCACCUCCGGCACCUGUUCAUUCCCCUCCACCGCCGGUUCACUCUCCACCACCACCCGCGCCAGUUCACUCCCCGCCUCCGCCUGUCCAAUCUCCGCCACCGCCUGCGCCGGUUCACUCCCCGCCUCCGCCUGUCCAAUCUCCGCCACCGCCUGCGCCGGUUCACUCCCCGCCUCCGCCUGUACAUUCUCCACCACCGCCUGCGCCGGUUCACUCCCCGCCACCGCCUGUCCAUUCUCCCCCACCGCCUGCGCCAGUUUACUCCCCACCUCCGCCUGUCCAUUCCCCGCCACCACCUCCGGUUCAAUCUCCACCACCGCCAGUACACUCCCCACCUCCACCGGUAGUCCAAAAGCCACCACCCAAGCCAGAGCAACCAGACGUCGUCCUUCCGCCGAACCUGGGUUACCAGUACUCCUCUCCUCCACCGCCGUUGUUCCCAGGCUAUUAA